AUGAGUACAAAAUUUAGAGUCUACAUACUCCUGAUUUUGCUUGUCUUCCACGUUUGUUCUGUUUCUGGGCUCACUUAUGGUUCAGACGCUGCGGCUUUACAAGCGUUGAAGAGUGAAUGGACCAAGUUUCCUAAAAAUUGGGAAGGUUCUGAUCCUUGUGGAACCAAUUGGGUUGGAAUUACAUGUACUAAUGACCGCAUUAUUUCAAUAUCAUUAGGCAACCUUGACUUGGAAGGAAAGCUAUCCGCCGAUAUUGCGGCUUUGUCUGAAUUGCAGAUCUUAGAUUUGACAUCCAAUCCAAAAUUGACUGGACCGCUUCCAUCAAAUAUUGGUAACCUAAAGAAGUUAAAUGCCUUGAACCUUAUGGGAUGUGGUUUCAGUGGUCAAAUCCCUGAGUCCAUAGGAUCUCUUGAACAACUUACAACCCUAUCCCUGAAUUCAAAUAAAUUCAUUGGAACAAUUCCGGCUUCCAUUGGACGGCUAUCGAAGCUAUUUUGGUUCGAUAUAGCUGACAAUCAGAUUGAAGGAAAGCUUCCAGUUUCGAAUGGGACUUCUUCACCUGGACUUGACAUGCUUCUUCAAGCUGGGCAUUUUCAUUUUGGAAAUAACAAGCUUUCAGGUGAUAUUCCAGAGAAGCUCUUCAGCUCAAACAUGACUUUGUUACAUGUGCUAUUUGAUGGAAACCAGUUGACGGGUAAAAUACCGGAGAGCCUCAGCCUCGUUAAGACCUUAACGGUGUUACGCCUUGAUAGGAAUAAACUGAUUGGAGACAUUCCUUCAAGUCUUAAUAAUCUCACAAGUCUAAUGGAACUGUACUUGGCUAAUAACAGAUUUACUGGUAGUCUUCCAAAUUUAACUAGCUUGACCAAUCUCUACACUUUAGAUGUGAGCAACAACCAAUUGCAGUUCUAUCUCAUUCCAUCUUGGAUCUCUUCAUUAAGCUCUCUGUCAACAUUAAGGAUGGAAGCGAUCCAACUUGAAGGUCCAAUACCAGUAUCUCUCUUCAGUCCUACUCAAUUGCAAACUGUUGUCCUAAAACGCAAUCAGAUAAACUCAACACUGGACUUUGGUACCAGCUAUAGUAACCAGUUGGAGUUUGUGGAUUUACAGUACAACUACAUAACUGAUUAUAAGCCAUCAUCUAAUAAACGCAUCCAAGUAAUGUUGGCAGAUAAUCCAAUAUGCCAAGACGCGGCAAACCGGCUGAGUGAAUACUGUAAUGCAGUCCAACACAAGACCACAUUCUCUGCCCCUAAAAUAAAUUGUCCUCGCUGCGGUCAAGGGAAGGAACCAAGUCCAGCAUGCAACUGUAUGUACCCAGUCACAGGAAUACUCACCUUCAGGUCGCCUUCCUUCUCAGGAUAUACCAACGAUACCAACUUCAACACGCUCCAACGGGAGCUAGAGAGUUUCUUUAAGAAUCCAAGUUAUCAGGUGGACUUUGUGGCCAUCAGAAACAUAAGAGAGAAUCCGACAAAUCAUCAUCUUCUAAUAGAGGUCUUGGUCUUUCCAUCAAACAAAGACACUUUUGAUGAGACCGGAAUGAAUAGUGUUAUUUCCGCGUUUAGCACGCAUACUUAUAAGCAACCUCCGAUAUUUGGCCCUUACAUUUUCAUUGCCGAUCAGUACAGUCCCUUCUCUGGCGGUUCCAAGUCAGCAAACACAGGCAUUAUCAUCGGAGCAGCUGUCGGUGCUGCGGUUCUUCUAUUGUUAUUAACUAUAGCGGGUAUUUAUGCUCUUAGACAGAGGAACAGAGCAGAUAGAGCAACUGGUCGAAAUAAUCCUUUUGCCAAGUGGAAUAAGACUAAGAGCAGUAUCGAUGCCCCGCGGCUAAUGGGAGCAAAAGCCUUUACUUUUGAAGAGCUGAAGAAAUGCACCGAAAACUUUUCAAAAGCAAAUGAUGUUGGGGGUGGUGGUUAUGGCCAGGUGUACAAAGGAGUUCUUCCCUCAGGACAAGUUAUAGCAAUCAAAAGAGCUCAAAAAGGAUCUUCUCAAGGAGAGUUGGAGUUUAAAACUGAGAUUGAACUACUUUCAAGAGUCCAUCAUAAAAAUGUUGUCAAACUUUUGGGAUUCUGCUUUGAUCGAACUGAGCAAAUGCUCGUAUACGAGUACAUUCCAAAUGGAUCUCUUACAGAUAGUCUAUCAGGGAAGAGUGGGAUUAGACUAGACUGGACAAGAAGGCUUAGAAUAGCACUUGGUUCAGGCAAAGGUCUGGCUUAUCUUCAUGAGCUUGCUGAUCCUCCAAUUAUACAUAGAGAUAUCAAAUCAAAUAACAUAUUACUUGAUGAAACUCUAACCGCAAAGGUUGCUGACUUCGGCCUUUCCAAACUUGUUGGAGACCCUGAGAAAGUUCAUGUGACAACACAAGUGAAAGGAACAUUGGGGUACUUGGAUCCUGAGUACUACAUGACGAAUCAAUUGACUGAGAAGAGUGACGUGUAUGGGUUUGGUGUUGUGAUGCUUGAGCUAUUAACCGGCAAAAGUCCUAUAGAGAGAGGCAAAUACGUGGUGAGAGAGGUGAAGAUGAAGAUGAAUACAUCGAGUGAUCUGUAUGACUUGCAAGAACUGUUGGACGAGACAAUCAUCAGCACUAGCGGGAACUUGAAAGGGUUUGAAAAGUAUGUUGAUCUGGCACUAAGAUGUGUAGAGGAGGAAGGUUUGAAAAGACCAACGAUGGGUGAAGUUGUGAAAGAGAUUGAAAACAUAAUGCAUCUUGCAGGAGUGAACCCUAACAUCGAUUCAGCAGCGAGUUCAAGAACAUACGAGGAUUCAAGCAAAGGAUCUGGUAAUCCUUAUGGUAAUGACUCAUUUGCAUACAGUGCGGAUUUCCCAACUUCAAAACUCGAGCCACAAUAA